AUGAUUCCUGUUUGCACACGUGAUGGCGAGGGCUGUGGCAAUGAUGAAGUUGUGAAGCUAUACCGAGUUACAACGAUGUCUCCAACGUUGCAUGACCAGUCGCAACCCCAGAUUCUUAUUGUCCCAGCGCUAGACGCGGUCAACUUCCAGAAGGGAUUCCUUGGUGCCGAGGGUGAACGGGCUGCGGUGGAAGGCGAGAUACAAAUCAAGGGCGUCAACAUGGAACGCUGGGCGCGCAUAACCGUUUCGUUACGCUCAUUCGAAAGCGCGUAUCAAAACGACAUCGAACUCUCCGUCGUGGAAGUCGAGUUGUACUCCUGGGACGGCACCCAAGGGCGAUUCCCGUCCUCGAUUCCGUUCUCAAUUCCACUACUACCGGACACGCCUCAGUCCUUGCACACCCCGCAUUCAGCCUUGGGUCAUACCCUCACUGCAACACUUCACCCAGCCGCCGGACAAUCUGCGCCACCAAUUUCCAAGAGCCUGAACAUCUUCACGCGCCGCUACUUGUCGCAUUCUCAUACACUCCCUUCGUCGCCCGAAACGCACACUCUCGAGGAUCCAACCUUGGUCGAAGUCCAGCUACCCCGCGAUUCGUUCACGUCCGCAGAGACCAUACCGCUCUAUAUUACAGUACCGCCCCCGCCACUGGAGAUCGUGGUUGACCAGGGCUUACGUCUACGCAACAUCCGAGCAGAAUUGGUGCGCGUCGUGAAAGUGAAGCGGGAGCACUUUGAAGACAGUGAGCCCGGUGCGGACGAAGAAAUCGCCAUCGAAGAGCCAGAACAUAAUCUAGGCGGACCGUCACUAGCGGAAUCCUCACAUGCCCUCGACGAUCAUCGUCUUCCUUCCUCUUCGAAAGUCCCUUUAUCUCCUCUGUUUCUAGGUUCGUCUUACCGGACAGUCAUCGCACGUUCAGGAGCAUCUUGCCGCUUUCAUUCAUCGCGCCCAAUACAGUUACGCUUUGUCCUUCACCAGAACUCAUCGGGCACGCCGUCGGACUCUCGAGCCAACAUUGACCGCAUGGAUAGUGACCUCGACAGCGGUCUCAUAACUCAGUCGACACUUCUUCAUUCUGUCUCGUUUCAUAUUAAGGUCCAUGUGUCAUUUGUUGAUACUUCGAGUCAGACCGAACGUAUCUCGACCAUGAUUAUUCCGAUAACCAUUGUUCCUCCUCAUGCACCGCUCCCUGAAGUAUCGCAGGCUAUCGAUGAUGCAUACCAAAAGAAACACGACCGCCCACCCGCUAGGACAGUCCGCGAACCAGAGACCGAUCCCUCCAUUCCGCAUUACACGGAAGGAGAAGCUGGUCCGAGCAUGCUCUCCUCCGGCGCUCCUCCGCCUUUCGAAGAACGAGAUGCUCCCCCUCCAUUUUUUGUUUCCGCCUUUGAAGCCUCCUCUUCUUCGCGUUUACCCACGUUCCAAGAAUCUGAACGUGAGAUUAUCCUGCCUGACGCCGAAGAUCUCUUAGAUGAACUGACAGCCGCGCCUUCGAUACCUGGCGAAGGAACUGUCUUCGGAUUUUCCCCCGUUGAACAAUUCGAUGGGCAUUCCGAAGAUAUGCAGAGGUCUUCCACACCUCCUCCCACUUUGGAGAUGGCUUCGAGAGAUACAGAUUUGACGGCCUUAACAGAUCAACCCAGUCAUAUUGCCAUAGAGACUUUGAACAUGGUCCUCGAACAACAUGAGGAACAUAGCCGAGGAGAAGAACAACCUCCGCCGCCUCCUCCCAUGGACGAUCCUUCUGAUCCUCCGCCUUCGAUUGACUCCGAUUUCAGGUCGCCUAUAGUGAUUCGCCCACCAUCUCCAAGUCCUUCUUCGUCACCCCCUCGGUUCCAAAGUGAUUCCGCAAUCAGAGUUAACACAUCUCCUCCCCCGACAGUGCCCCCAGAAACCUCAGCACCGCAAGGCACCGCGCCACCUCCCUAUCUUACCCCGGAUACCCACCGAGUGAACAAUAUGCAAAACGAUCAAGUUAUUAGACCGCCUCCUUACGUCGAUUGA